AUGUCAACGUCAUCAUCAUCUAAUACGACUGCUGUUCCACAAGUCACUUAUCAAUUAGGUGAACAACGUGGUAUACGUCGUCCAAAAUGUGCACGUUGUCGAAAUCAUGGAAUGAUAUCAUGGUUAAAAGGACAUAAACGUCAUUGUAAAUUUCGUGAUUGUGCUUGUGCUAAAUGUAUUCUUAUUGCUGAACGACAACGUGUUAUGGCUGCACAAGUUGCAUUAAAACGACAACAAGCUAGUGAAGAUGCUAUUGCAUUACGUGUUCGUUGUCUAUCACCUUAUAAUCAAUUACCACCUGGACCAGUUUGGGGUACUGUAACAUCAUCCAAUGGUAGUCAUGAAGAUGAUGAUGAAGGUGAUCAUGCUUCAUCAUCAAAUUCUCCACGAAAUGAUCAUGAAUCAAUUAUAUCAGGAUCAUCACCAAAAACAGGUAGUAGUCCAACAAGUUCAACAAAACGAAGUGCUGAUGACGGUACAACAACAACAUCAAAUACAUCAGGUAUACAUUCAAAUGAAGAUUCAUCAGGUUCAAUUAUUGAUGAUCAACACACAAAUACUAUAUCACCACGUAGUAAAAUUCGUCGACAAAAUAUGUCACAUGUUGAUAUACUUGAACGAGUUUUUCCUAUGCAAAAACGUUCAGUAUUAAUGACUGCUUUAUCAACAUGUCAAGGUGAUUUAGCUAAAACAAUUGAUCAUUUUAUAACAUUAGGUGAUAAUAUUAUAUCAUUUCAAAAUCAAUUACAAAGUGAUAUAACAUCAUCAUCACCAUCAGCAACAACAACAGCAGCAGCAAUAACAAAAUCAGCUUUUACACCAAUAACAACAGCACCACAUCAAAAUGGAUCAUCAUUUGAUUUUCGUGCACCUAUGUUUUUCACUCCUCAAACAAAUAAUCAAACUCAACGUGAAAAUCAUUUACCAUUAUUACCACCACCAUUAGCACCACUACCUCCAACACAUCAAUUUACUAAUAUGUAUCCACCGUCUGUCAAUUUUCUUCAUUUUGCUCAGACACAUCCAGUAGCAUUAGCAGCUGCUUAUGAAAAACUUCUUAAACGUCAUCAACAAGAAACAGCCGCAGCAGUAGCAGCAAAUAAAACUGGAGAUCGUUGA